AUGAUAGAAACUAGAACAACAACAUCAACAAGUGAAAUUAAACAUGAUAAUUCAUUAAAAACUGGAUUUGAAAUUACUAAAGAGGUUGAAGAAUUUAGAAAUUAUGAAAAUAGUGAAGAUAGAGUAUCAGAAGCUUAUAGGAAUAGUCAUACUUAUCAAACAUAUGAUUAUGCAACUGAAAAGAAGAAACAAUAUUCUCAAUUGGAUACAAGUAUAAAAAUGGGAUUAUGGGAAGCUGCUGAACUAUUAAAUACAAUCAUUGAUGAAAGUGACCCAGAUUCAAAUAUUCCUCAAAUUAAUCAUUGUCUUCAAACUGCUGAAGCAAUUAGAAAAGUAUACCCUGAUUCAAAAUAUGAUUGGUUUCAUUUAACUGGUUUCAUUCAUGAUCUUGGUAAAGUUUUAUUAUCUAAAAAAUUUAAAGAACAACCACAAUGGGCAACUGUUGGUGACACUUUUCCAUUAGGUUGUAAAUUUGAUGAAAGUAAUAUUUUUUAUGAAUUUUUUAAAAUGAAUCCAGAUUAUAAUGAUAGCAAAUAUAAUAGUGAAUGUGGUAUAUAUAAAAAGAAUAUUGGAUUGGAAAAUGUUACAAUGAGUUGGGGACAUGAUGAAUACUUUUAUUUGGUUUGUGUUGGAAAUAAAUGUUUAUUACCUAAAGAAUCGCUUUAUAUGAUUAGAUUCCAUUCUUUUUAUCCAUGGCAUAGACAUAAUAAAUAUACUCAUUUAACAAAUGAAGAAGAUGAAAAAAUGCUAAAUUGGGUAAAGGAAUUUAAUAAAUUUGAUUUAUAUUCAAAAGACAGUGAGCCAGUGGAUGUUGAAUCUUUAAAACCAUAUUAUCAAUCUUUAAUUUCAAAAUAUUUCCCAAACGAACUUCAUUGGUGA